GCUCAAUUGCAAACCUCAUCACCCUCUCCUGGCCACGAGGAUAGUUCUUCAGUAGGAGGGGACGAAGCAGGAGGAGAACUUGAAGAGCUUAUGGCCUCAGGAGCAGAAACCUAUCCGGAUUCCACGAAUUUGAAGUUGAGAGAGCUGUUAAAGGAGGUUCAGCUGGAUUACUCUCCGGCAAAUACUACAAUCAUCAACGAUGUCGUUUCCUCCAUCAGAGACGCCAUCAACAGUAUCUCGGACGGCCUCCAGGUCACAGCUGAUGUUGCGCCAGGGUUUGUUCGAGAUGUUGGUGCAGAUAAAGUCGAGUUUAAGUUCAGGAAGCCCAAGUCUAUAGAAGUUGGGGGAAGUUAUUCAUUUCAAUGCAUUGCGAAGCCGGAUGUGAAUGUCGAUCUUUUUUUGAGACUGCCUAAGGAUUGCUUCCAUGAAAAGGACUAUCUAAAUUAUCGUUACCAUGCCAAAAGAUUCCUUUAUCUGUGCAUCAUCAAGAACCAUUUGAAACUUUCUUCUUUAGUCCAAGAUGUAAAAUGGUCGGCAUUUCAUAAUGAGGCACGCAAGCCUAUACUGGUUGUUUAUCCAGCUGCACGGUUAUCCGACAAUACUGUAUUUUCCCUGAAAAUAAUUCCGACAGCUUCUUCUCUAUUCACCUUAUCAAAAUUGAACUUUGAGAGGAACAAUAUCCGCUCCCUAAGUCAAGCUACACCAAAGUACAACAACAGUAUUCUGGAGGACAUGUUUAUUGAGGAUAAUGCAGAUUUCAUUAAGAGAACUUUCACAGGAUGCAAGGAACUGAGAGAGGCUUUGUUACUUUUGAAAGUUUGGGCCCGGAAGAGCUCUCUAUUUGUUCAUGACUGCUUAAGUGGUUUCUUGAUCACUGUCAUUGUUGCAUACCUUGCAUCCAAGUCUGGUAAAAAUCGAAUCAACAGUUCAAUGGACCCCAAGCAGAUUUUGCGCAUCACACUGGACUUCAUUGCCAAUUCCAAGGUAUGGGAUAGUGGACUCUUCUUUCAGCCAGAAGGUGAAAGAAGCAUUUCAGAUAAGGACAGGAAGACAAAAUUGCAAUCAUUUCCAAUAAUCAUUUGUGAUUCAUUUGCCAACUACAACAUGGCAUUUCGGAUGUCACCAAGUGGUUUCCAAGAGCUCCGCGAUGAGGCUGCUCUGGCGCUUACUUGCAUGGAUAAAUGUACAGAUGGCGGUUUUGAUGAGAUCUUUAUGACCAAGAUUGACUAUCCUGCCAAGUAUGACUAUUGCAUAAGAUUGAACCUGAAGGACAACCAUGAUUUCCAUGCUUCUGGAUUUUGCUUGGAUGAUGAAUGUUGGAGGUCUUAUGAGCAGAGGGUACUGUGUGUAAUCGAUCAAGCAUUGAGAGGGAGAACUAAGCUUAUUCGAGUAAUCUGGAGAAAUGCUCCUUCUGAAUACGAUUUUGAGAAUGGUUUAUCUAUGCUGGAUAGAGAAGCUAUGUUUAUUGGGAUUGCAAUUGGAUCUAUGGAGGAAGCCUUCAAACAGGCGGUCAUUGGUCCAAGUCCCGAAGACAGAGAUAAGGCUGUAGAGUUUAGAAAGUUCUGGGGGGAUAAAGCUACACUUAGAUGGUUUCGUGAUAGUAGAAUUGCUGAAGUUGCAGUGUGGGAGCAUGAGGAAUGGGAAAAGCAUCUCAUCAUAAAGGAAAUGACAGAGCAUGUUCUAAUGCGUCAUCUAUCCCUUCCGAAACAAAAUAUCAUUUCUAUUGUAGAUCAACUUGAUUUUGUGCUUUGCCAUGGCAAUAGAGACCCUAUUUCCUUAUCCAAAAAUUUGUUGAAGGCAUUUGAUGACCUGUCAAAGCAAUUGCGAGGUCUUGACGACAUCCCUCUAAGGAUAUCCAGCGUGCAGCCACUGGAUUCAGCUUUUAGGUUGACAUCUGUCUUUCCUCCCUCACCGCAUCCAUUAGCACAUGAAGAGGGCACUCGUAUAAAACUGGAGAAACUUACUGCAACCUGUAUUCAACCACUGGAAGUUAUGAUUCAGCUCGAAGGUUCUGGAAACUGGCCAAUGGACGAACUUGCUAUGGAGAAGACUAAGUCUGCAUUUCUCCUCAAAAUUGCGGAAAGCCUACAUGCCAAACGGGGGAUUACAUGUACAGCUACAGAGGAUGAUGUAGAUGUUUUCAUGUCUGGAUAUGCUUUUCGUCUAAAAAUCUUGCAUGAGAGAGGUUUGAGCUUGGUCAAAAGACAGGGUGGUGCACAAGCGAAGCGUGUUCUCUCUUCAGACAAGAAACUUUUUCUUCGUGGUCAACAUUCUAGCAUGAUUAAUGGUUUGCGAGGCCGUUACCCUAUAUAUGGGCCUGUUGUUCGGCUUGCGAAACGAUGGGUAUCUGCACAUCUAUUUUCAAACUCAUUAACAGAAGAGGCAAUUGAGCUGUUGGUUGCACACUUAUUUUUGAAGCCUUUGCCAUUUAGACCGCCGUGCUCCCGGAUAACUGGAUUUUUAAGAUUCCUAAGAUUGCUGUCAGAGUAUGACUGGAAUUUUUCUCCUUUAACUAUCGACAUCAAUGGUGAUUUCACUCCUGCUGAUGUCAAAGAAAUAAAUGAGAAUUUCAUGUCAAAUAGGAAAGAGUAUGAAAAGAAUCUGCAGAAUGUUAAACCUGCUAUGUUUUUGGCAACUGCUUAUGACAAGGAAUCUGAAGCUUGGACCGGACAAUCACCGACAGCAGCAGACCUUAGGCGAUUGGCAGCAUACGCAACCAGCAGUGCAAAUUUUUUUACCAGCAUCAUCAUGAAUAAUCAGAUUGAUUCUUAUGGAUGUGAACGCAUUUUCCGCACACCUCUGAACAACUACAACGCUGUCAUUCUCCUGCACAGGGAUAAACUGCCUUAUCCACAUCGUCUUCUGUUCCCAUCUGAAGUCAAACAAGGUUCGGUUGGUCUUCCUGGGAGGCACGUGCUAUGUGGGAGAGCUAGCAAAACUUUCCAACCCUUCUUAUCGCCUGGAGAUAUGAACGGAAAUUCAGAGGAACUGAAGAACAAAUUGAUGGUGAACUUUGAUCCACUAAGAUAUUUUGUAACUGACAUCGAGAGAGAGUUUCCGGACAUAUUUAAGGUGUGGUAUGAUUCUUUUGGAGGUGAUGCCAUUGGCUUGACAUGUGGAAAUCAAAGUUCCAAGAAGCGAGGAAGAGAUGAUAAUGGUGAGGACAACGAUCUACUUGACACACUGAAAGCUGUGGGUCAACUCGGCAAGGGAUUCGUAAAAAGUGUACAUUUCCUCAAGGCCCCAAAACUAAGCACUUGAAUUUCCAUUGUACUAAAUCUUUUAGAUCAAGAAACGCAUAACCAACCAUUGUAGUCUACUGAAAAAAAUCCUAACUCUGCUGAUUUCUGGAAGAAGAGGCGCAGCAUCAAAGUUAGGAUCAGGAGGCUCGUCUAUCUCCUUGGGAAGCAUUUUUCAUGCAUAUUUUACCGAAUUUGUUUCACAACAAGUAUUUAUACAUAGUCGCUCUGGGGAUCAAAAGCUGAGAAGGAGUGGAAACGGACAGUUAUGGUUAGAAAUAGGUUACAGGUAACAGGAAGCAUUUCCUUGGUCUGAAGGUCUCGGCCUACCAUAAUCUUGAGUUUAUCACUAGAUUUGACUACGCAGAGCUUGUUAAAAUCAGCGAAGUUGGUAGCGCAGACAGUCAGCUCGUUUGCAUAUUGAAGGUGAAACGUACUAGUGUAAUGGCAUUAGAAAGCAGGCCAACUGUUUAUAGUUGUUGUAACCUUUCAUGUCUUGUAGACAGUCAAUCAACGUUUUUUUGUAAUUCCGACUUAAACUGAAUAUGUAGAAAAAUUUUGGCAUUGAGAAACUUUCGUUUUGGUUUAUGCAUCAAACUGUA